UUCAAAGAGCAACUUUUCAUACGUAAGUACACAAGCACACAUCAGCCGUAAACAGAACACAAAACGCUGUCAUCUAUCUCUUCUUCUUCUUCUACUUCUUUGUGCUAGGAAAACAGAGCAAGAGCAACGGUUUAGCAGACACCCUCAUCCAUGGAUGGAGGAGAUAUAUACAGCGCGAGCAACAGCCUUCGUGCGACCAGCUCCUCCAUGUGGAGGAACCGUGCGGCGACGGUGGACGCGUUCUCAAGGUCCUCCCGCGAUGAGGACGAUGAAGAAGCUCUGAGAUGGGCUGCUAUCGAGAAACUCCCCACCUUCGAACGUCUCCAGAAAGGGAUCCUGACGGCUUCGCGCGGCGGUGGCGCUAACGAGAUCGACAUCAAGAACCUGGGUUUUCAUGAGAGGAAGAGAUUGCUUGAGAGGUUGGUGAGGGUCACUGAGGAGGACAACGAGAGCUUCUUGCUGAAGCUCAGGAACCGCAUUGAUAGAGUUGGACUUGAUAUUCCUACAAUUGAAGUCAGAUUUGAGCAUUUGAACGUGGAGGCAGAGGCUCAUGAAGGAAGCAGAGCUCUGCCCACCGUCAUUAAUUUCUGCACUAAUAUUCUGGAGGGUUUCUUCAAUUUUCUGCACAUACUUCCCAGUAGAAAGAAGCACUUGACUAUCCUUCAAGAUGUCAGUGGGAUCAUCAAACCUGGCAGGAUGACUUUGCUUCUGGGUCCGCCUAGUUCAGGGAAGACCACACUCUUGUUAGCUUUGGCCGGCAAGCUUGAUCCUGAACUAAAGGCAACAGGAAGGGUAACUUACAAUGGACAUGGCUUGGAUGAGUUUGUGCCCCAAAGAACCGCGGCUUACAUAAGUCAAUACGAUCUUCACAUAGGAGAAAUGACAGUUAGAGAAACUUUGGCCUUCUCUGCAAGAUGUCAGGGUGUUGGAUCACGAUACGAUAUGUUGGCGGAGUUGUCGAGGAGAGAGAAAGUGGCAAGUAUAAAACCAGAUCCUGAUAUUGAUAUCUUCAUGAAGGCAGCAGCAACAGAAGGUCAGGAGGCUAAUGUUGUUACUGAUUAUAUCAUCAAGAUAUUAGGGCUGGAAGUAUGUGCUGAUACGAUGGUCGGAGAUGAAACGUUGAGGGGUAUUUCUGGAGGACAACGGAAGCGUGUGACCACAGGUGAGAUGCUGGUUGGGCCUGCCGAGGUAUUGCUCAUGGAUGAGAUAUCUACUGGGCUCGAUAGCUCGACGACAUACCAAAUCGUCAACUCCCUGAAACAAUUUAUUCACAUUCUUGAUGGAACGGCUGUUAUCUCUCUCCUCCAGCCAGCUCCGGAGACCUACGAUCUGUUUGAUGACAUCAUUCUCCUAUCUGAUGGUCAGAUCGUUUACCAGGGUCCACGUGAACUCGUCCUAGAUUUCUUCGAAUCCAUGGGAUUCAAAUGCCCUGAAAGGAAGGGUGUUGCCGAUUUCUUGCAGGAAGUAACGUCAAGUAAAGAUCAGCAUCAGUAUUGGGUACGCAAAGACGAGCCUUACACUUUUGUAACGGUUCGGGAAUUUGUGGAGGCAUUCCAGUCAUUUCACGUGGGAAGAAAACUCGGGGAUGAACUUUCCACUCCAUUUGAUAAGAGCAAGAACCACCCGGCCGCUUUGACUACCAAAAGAUUUGGUGUUGGAAUGAAGGAUUUGCUGAAAGCUUGCAUUUCAAGAGAGUACUUGCUUAUGAAAAGGAACUCCUUUGUCUACAUCUUCAAGAUCACUCAGCUCACAAUUAUGGCAUUUAUUUCGAUGACCCUAUUCUUGCGGACUAAGAUGCAUCGGGAUACCAUAACUGAUGGAGGAAUUUACAUCGGUGCCUUGUUCUUCACCGUGACUACAAUCAUGUUCAAUGGAAUGGCGGAGCUUUCGAUGACCAUAGCCAAGCUCCCGAUUUUCUACAAGCAAAGAGACCUCCUCUUCUACCCUGCAUGGGCAUAUGCUCUUCCAACCUGGAUUCUAAAGAUCCCUAUCACAUUUGUGGAGGUUGCAGUUUGGGUGUUCAUCACCUACUUCGUCAUUGGAUACGAUCCAAAUGUUGGAAGGUUGUUCAAGCAGUAUCUUUUGCUUGUGGCCGUUAAUCAGAUGGCCUCUGGAUUGUUUCGAUUGAUCGCAGCACUUGGGAGAAACUUAAUCGUUGCCAACACAUUCGGGUCGUUUGCGCUGGUCACACUCUUUGCGUUGGGCGGAGUUGUUCUUUCCCGAGAGGACGUAAAGAAAUGGUGGAUUUGGGGCUACUGGAUAUCUCCUUUAAUGUAUGGGCAGAACGCGAUGGUCGUUAACGAGUUUUUGGGAUCAAGUUGGGAUAACAUUCCCCCAAAUUCAAGUUCAAACGAACCACUGGGAAUUCAAGUUUUGAAGUCUCGUGGGUUCUUUACUGAAGCAUACUGGUAUUGGAUAGGAGUUGGGGCAUUGCUUGGGUUUGUCAUCCUCUUCAACUUUGGGUUUUCGGUGGCUCUUGCUCUUCUCAACCCCUUUGGCAAAUCCCAGACAGUAAAAUCAGAUGAUCCUGAGGGCAAUGAGGACGUUAAUAGAAGGGGAGGAUCAAUUCAGUUGCAAUCUCAAGGCUCUAGUCUCAAAAAUGAAUCGGGGAGGUCAUCCGGGUCUUCACCUACACGGCCCGAGACAGCCGUUGCCGCCAAUAGGAAAAGAGGAAUGGUGCUCCCAUUUGAGCAGCACUCAAUUACAUUCGAUGAAAUAACUUAUUCAGUUGAUAUGCCACAGGAAAUGAAGAACCAUGGUGUUCUCGAGGAUAAAUUGGUCCUCUUGAAAGGUGCAAGUGGUGCUUUUAGGCCAGGUGUUCUUACAGCUCUAAUGGGCGUCAGCGGUGCUGGUAAAACUACUCUGAUGGAUGUGUUGGCUGGAAGAAAAACCGGAGGAUACAUCAAGGGGAACAUAACAAUUUCUGGGUAUCCAAAGAAUCAAGAUACAUUUGCUCGAAUUUCCGGAUAUUGCGAACAAAACGACAUCCAUUCACCUCAUGUUACUGUCUAUGAGUCCCUACUUUACUCGGCAUGGCUGCGUUUGCCUCCUGGCGUGGGCGACCAAACCAGAAAGAUGUUUGUCGAGGAAGUCAUGGAGCUUGUGGAGCUAAAUCCGCUGAGACAGGCCUUGGUUGGUUUGCCUGGUGUGAAUGGUCUAUCCACCGAGCAACGCAAAAGGCUGACCAUUGCGGUUGAACUAGUCGCAAACCCCUCCAUCAUUUUCAUGGACGAACCAACCUCAGGGCUUGAUGCAAGAGCUGCUGCUAUUGUCAUGAGAACAGUUAGGAAUACAGUGGACACGGGGAGAACGGUCGUAUGCACAAUUCACCAACCAAGCAUUGAUAUAUUUGAAGCUUUCGAUGAGCUUUUCUUAAUGAAACGAGGGGGGCAGGAGAUAUAUGUCGGUCCUCUGGGUCGUCAUUCUUCUCAUCUGAUAAAGUAUUUUGAGGGAAUCCAAGGAGUUAGCAAAAUCAAAGAUGGCUAUAAUCCAGCAACUUGGAUGCUCGAAGUUACAAGCCCAGCACGAGAACUUGCCCUGGGUGUCGAUUUUUCUGAUUUAUACAAAAACUCAGAUUUGUACAGGAGAAACAAGGCUUUGAUUGAAGAGUUGAGCAUACCUCCUCCAAAUUCUAAGGAUCUCUACUUCCUGACUAAGUAUUCUCAGUCAACUUUCACCCAAUUAAUGGCUUGCUUAUGGAAGCAACAUUGGUCUUACUGGCGGAAUCCGCCAUAUACGGCUGUUCGCUUCCUCUUCACCAUCGUCAUUGCCUUAAUGUUUGGGACUAUGUUCUGGGACCUCGGCUCUAAAACGACCCAGAGUCAAGAUUUGAUCAAUGCGAUGGGAUCUAUGUAUGCUGCUGUUGUCUUCCUUGGGGUCCAAAAUGCGUCUUCUGUGCAACCAGUUGUAGCGGUGGAGAGAACCGUUUUCUAUAGAGAGCGAGCUGCAGGGAUGUACUCAGCCCUGCCGUAUGCAUUAGCACAGGUUCUGAUUGAAAUCCCUUAUGUUCUCGUGCAAGCUAUAUCGUAUGGUGUCAUAGUUUAUGCAAUGAUUGGAUUCGAAUGGACCGUUGCGAAAUUUUUCUGGUAUCUGUUCUUCAUGUGCUUCACACUGUUGUAUUUCACAUACUACGGUAUGAUGGCCGUGGGCAUGACCCCGAACCACCACAUCGCUUCCAUCGUCUCUUCUGCAUUCUACGCCAUAUGGAACCUAUUUUCGGGGUUUGUUGUGCCGAGGACUAGGAUACCUAUCUGGUGGAGAUGGUACUAUUGGGCGUGCCCGGUUUCUUGGUCUUUAUAUGGAUUGGUGGUCUCUCAGUUCGGCGAUUUAAAGAACACGCUCGACGACACUGGGGGCACGGUGGAAGAAUACCUGAGAGAUUACUUCGGUUUCCGACACGAUUUCCUGGGCGUGAUUGCCGCCAUGAUGAUAGUAUUCACGGUGCUCUUUGCAUCCGUUUUCGCCAUUUCCAUAAAGGUGCUCAAUUUCCAGAGGCGGUAGACUUCGGCAUCGCAUCGAUCCGCAAAACAAGCAUGUCUCUGUCAGAAAAUGAGAACGGCUAAUGCUCUUACUUUUUGGUUUUCGUCUUUUGCUAUACUAUGUUUCCAGUCAAAUAAUGUAUACAUAAAUUGGCAUCAAAUUACAAUAGCAAGUAGAUGUAUGUUACUCUUUUGCUUUUCUUACAAAUGUUUGCGUCUUUUCAAUCAUAUGGAUCUUUUCUUGAA